AUGACUGACACAUUCGAGCCGUCAUGUCGCUUCAUGAUUCCUCCAGGGACCUGGGACUCCCGCAUCCACAUAGUCGACCCCAUAAACAACCUCCUGGGUCCAAACGCGACGUACGCGCCCAACGUAUUCGCAGAAUGGGACAAUGCCCUGCUCGAGAACAACCCCGGCGCCGAGCAUAAUGUCAUCGUCCAACCUUCAUCUAUGGAUACAACAACGAGGAGACGUUGGAGAAGUGUGGCAGAGUCGGGCGUCCGCGGCGUCCGCGUCAAUCUUGGGUUCGUCGACGAGAAGACUUCAGUGGAAGACUUCAAGAAGACUCCGUUGGAAUACGCGUCCGCGGCGCAGCCCCUCGACUGGACCAUACAGCUGUGCUUCGAGAUGAGCUUCGUGGCCGCUCUAGAAGAUUUCCUCUCGACAGUGGGCGUGGACGUCGUGCUCGAUCAUAUGGGCCACCCUGACAUUCCAGACUCUGCUGAUGUUUGUUGUUUCGAUCCGUACACUAUUGAGGGAUUUGGAUCUUUGAGCUGUCUAUUACAGGACAGCAAGGUUUGA